AUGGAUAACAGCUCGCGUUACAAAACCUUGAUUUUGACCAUUUGCGCCAUUUUGUCCCUCUCGAUCACAUCAGGACACGGUCUCGACGCGCUCGGCAGCCUGGGAACGGUGGCGGUCAGAGGCAAAGCCUACGAGGGGUGGUGGAACCACAUGGCCGCAGGAAGCGCGGGGGAGGGCGCUGGGAGCAACACAGAGCUCCGUUGGACGCUGUCCUCCUAUUUAGGAUUCCUAAGCUUAAAGGCCCGCUAA